ACCCGGAAACCUUAAUGAGCUUGAAAGAAUGGUUAAAGAAGAAUGGGAAGCAUUGUCUCAAAAUUAUUUUAAACAUCUUGUUGAAAGUGAAGUAGACCGUGUCAAAGAAGUCUAUAAUAAUAAUGGUGGUCAUUCACAUUAUUAA